UAUGUAAUUUAACAUCUUCCUUUCUCCCCUCUCUCUCUCUCUCUCUUCCAAAUCAAGAUGAUUGCCAGCAAAGGAGGCGGUGGCGGUGCUGUUGUUGCUAACAUAAGACAACCGAUCAGCUCAGAGUGCUGCAUGUGUGGUGAUUAUGGCAUAUCCCAAGAGCUUUUCAGAUGCAAAAUCUGUAAAUUCCGAUCUCAACACAAAUAUUGCAGCAAUCAGUACCCUAAAGCCGAGUCAUACAAAGCCUGUAACUGGUGCCUGAGUCAGAAACAUGACUCCGGCAACUCAUCCAACUCAUCAUCGUCGUGCAGAAACAACUCCAGCGAUAAUCGCCUUGAUCAUGCCCUCAAGAACAAGAGAAACCCUAAUGAUACUACAAUUGGGCAUGGAGGUUUGAGGGAAAGGAGGAGAGCUUCUGAUAUACAGUUACCAAGCCCCGCUUCGAUCAAGAAACUGCAGGGAUCCUCGGCGGAGGAGGAGUCUCCGGUGUCUACCGGCCGGAAAAGGGUCGGCGGUGUGGUAGCGGAGGAGAAGCAUCAUGUGGUUUUGAGAAAGUCAAAGUCAGCGAAUCAUAUAUCAAUUGGUGGUGGAGGUGGGAUCAAAACAAGACAAGUAUUUAGAAAUAAGGUGAGAAGGUAUAAACUAUUAGAUGAGGUUUCAAGCCAAUGAGGUUAAAACGAAAACAUGUUUUAUCUUGCUCUAUUUAGUUGCACUUUAUGUAUAAGUACUUGUACAGAUCUUUGGAUAUAAAUUUCUCACCUCUAGAGGGGUUGAUUUUAUUAAUUUUGGAUACUAUCAUUUAAUUGUUAAUUAAUUACUGUGUAUACUUGUUCAAAGCUCUGGGUCUCCUCGGUCUAUUUUCGGUAACAUUUCUUGUAAAUUUCUUACGUACUUUUCCUUG